UAUUACAAGCAUCCCUUAUGGAAAUUCUAUGAAUAAACUAAAGGACGAAAGAACAUGGGCAGCUAAUAACAGUAUGAACAGAAACAAGGUGACAGCCAUAGCAGCCUGCUUUUCCGGUGGUAUUGGCGUCUUGGUUGUGCUUGUCUGCUUGUUUGUCAAAUGGAAUAGAAAUAGACUGAAGAAAUCUGCUAGCAAACAAGUGAAUACAGAUGCACAAGAUGCACAAGAGACCAUUGAAGCACCAGAGACUUCGGAAGAAGACAUGCUGUGUAUGCACCCCAAUCCUUUAUACAGAGAAAACCAUCAACUGAUUACAGCUCAAAAUGAUUCAAGAAAAAAAGCACAAAACGACAAAAAACGAAAUGGACUUCAUAAAGUAGUAUAUUCUGAUGAAAUAUGUCCGGUUAUGACUGAUGAUCCCAUUUCUACAACGAGCAACACCAUCGUGGAUAGACCCGUUAAAAGUUUUGAAAAACCACCAUCAACCAAAUACUAUUCGGAGAUGGAAGAAUCGCUUGAAGAAUUGGAGCUAAGCGAUUCUAUGGAUAGAAAACGGCGUAUACUCACCAAAGCGCUGUCAAAAUCACCUGGUACUCCUCUUCAAACUGCUGACUUCCCCUAUGGUCAGGGUAUAGACACAUCGAAGGCAUUUGAACCUUAUCAUUACGUUACAAUUGACCUAUCAAUGAAUUACGACCGUGAAAUGGAAGAGGAACUCCAGUUACUCGUGGACAAUGCGAGGUGA